AUGAGGAACUUAACUACAGCUUUAUUGUUCUGCAGCCUGAGCUGGAUCUCUGUCUCAGUUUCUGAGUUUUACACUGUGGAUGUUCAGCCUGGUGAAGACGUGACACUGCUGUGCUCCAACUUUUCCAGUGUUCCCUCUCAGAUAUUCUGGUUCAGAGUGGUCAAGAGAUCCAAGCCUCACUGUAUCUCAUCUAUGUUCCAGCCUCUCGAGCCUGCUUCAUUCUGUGAGGGAUCUCAAAAUGACAAAUUUGAAAUGAGAUCCAACAUUUCUACCUUUUUUCUCAAAAUCAAGCAAUUGGAUUUAACAGACUCUGGACUGUAUUUUUGUGGAUAUUAUGUGAGCAAAAACCCAAUUAUUGUCAGUGCAACAUAUUUAGAGGUUCAAGAAGAUUCUGAUGGAAUAACAAAGCUGAUGAGUGUGAUCCUGGGUGGUCUGACUGUUUUCCUUAUAAUAGUCGUCAUUGGUCCGGUUGUCAAAAUCAAGAAGCUUCAGACAGAGCUGGACUUUGAGGACGUCAAUGAUGCAGCACUGAGUUUGUAUUCAGCAACAAUAAGAAUCAGAAGGUCUGCGUCAGAAAGAAAAGUGGAGACUGAGGUUAUUUAUGCUGCCAGCAGAUAGACUCAGGAAGCAACUGGAACUGCAACUCAGAGUGAAACUGAUUUUUCUUUUCAUAUUAAU